UCAACACAUUCCCACUGUGCGUUGUUACUGUAAAAUGAAAUUAAUUGGGACUUCUCUAAAAUGUUAGACAUGUAACUGUCGCUAUCAUUAAGCCGAUUUGACACAUUAUUCAGCGUGUAUCAUUUUAGGAUUCCAGUUGAAAGUGUAAGGUAGGAGAGAAAUGGAUUAUAGGCGAGAUGAUGAAUGAGUGAUCGGCAACACUAUGAAUGCCCCGCCUACUUCCUGGAUCAUGCCCACUGUUUUUGAAUGGCAUUCAAAGUUAUAUUAAUCAAAUUCAUGAAAACGCAGUCAUUGAAGAUGUAUGUAAAAUUAUAUUCGUGGAUUAAUUUACUUAUAUCUGAUGCCUUUCAUUAACGUUUUCAUUGUUUGUAAUUGAAUACCUUCAUAACGAAUAUAAUUAUACAUAUAUCUUAAAAUAUAUAUUUCACAGGGACCUGCUGCUGACUGUGAGGCAGGUUGUUACUGUGAGUGGUUGGGGGGACCGGAGGGGUGUGUGUGUGUGAGUUGAGAGAGCACUACAGCUACUGGCACGCGCGCAAGUAGUGACAUACAUUGCAGAAUAACUUAUUCCAUUCCCUUUAAUGUUACAGUUUUCAUCUAAUGUAGAGGUUGUCUGGAGAGCUACUGGAGUAGAUGAACUGUUGGACUCCCGAGUGGCGCAGCGGUCUAAAGCACAGCUUGCAAUAAUGAUUAUGAAAACUGAAUUUAGCUUCCAACGUCGUUACAAGUUACUACGAUAAUAUUUAAUUGUCUCGGUAACAUUAUGGAAAAGGGGUUUACAAUAUAAAUGGCAACUCCUCUUGCUGUGAAAAAAGGAGCUUGUUUUCAGGCCUUUUGGGCACUUUUUGAGUUGUCAUUGGUCUGGAAAUUUUGCUUGACCUGGCAACACUGCUCUUAGAGAGAAGGGGGAUAUCUGUCAGAAGUAAAACAUAGCAUUUUGUAUUUCAGAUCUGUUUCCCCAUUUCCUCAACACGGACAAUUUCCCUGUUUAAACAUCCUGACUUCCAUUCAUCUGUGAUCAUUAUUCAUAACUUCAAUAUUGAACCAACAUGGCCAUGUUCUACUUCUGACAUACAUCCUCCCUCUUUCCUUGAAGUAAGCACAGAAUUACAAGAGUAAGCAAUGGUUCUUUAUAUUAUAUAGCUUUUGCCUAUCCAUAUUGUAUACAAUUUGGUCAUGUCUGCCUGUCGGUCUGUAAGAUGGGGUAUAUGCAGGAAGAGGAGCACACCACAAACAUGUUAUACCUGAAGAGGUCGCCUGGCAUCCGCUCCUGGUCGCUGCUCAUAGGUAUUGCGUCCAUUGGCCUGGCUGCUGCAUACUACAGCUCUGGUACAACCUUAUUUACAGGCAUCACCAGCGUCAGCCUGUCCCGUCUUGAAUCCGUCAUCAAUUACAUCAUUAAGACAGAAUGGGGGAAAAAAAUGUCUGCCUGUCUCUCGUCCCCAUUUUCUGGUCUUUCCAGACUGUAUCCUGUGGAAGCUUUUCUACGUGACGGGCUGUCUGUCGUGGCCAUGCAGAAUAUGGAGGAGUGGGAGGAGGCAGUGUUUGAUAAAACCAAGAAAGUGAUAGAGCUGUAGACCUUCAGUCUGUAUGCUCUGAUUCUCACCAUGUGUAGCAGAGGCCAGGAGAAAGGUGAGAAACAUCACCUAAUGUGUCCUGUACAGUACUUUCACAUGGAACCUCCUUUACCAAUAAGGGUAGAUCAGAUGGGAUGAGUUUUACGAUUGGAAUCCAGUUAGCGCAGGGGUCUUCCAACGGGGUCUCUCCCUGUCUCCAUCCUUCUAUUGCUCCCUUCCAUCUCCCUCACAUACCCUCCCUCUCCUGUUGUCGCCCUUCCGUCACCUGCCCCAUACCCUUCCUCUCCUCCGGUCUCGGUCUUUCAGUGGUGAUGGACAUGAGGCACCUGCGUGACGUAUGUGUUCAGGAGGAGAAGGUGCGCUACCUAGGGAAGGGCUACCUGCUGGUGCUGCGACUGGCUACAGGUUUCUCCUACCCCCUCACACAGAGCACCACCAUGGGGGGACACAGUGAUGUGGAGGCAGUGGCUUCGUUGCUCAAGCGUUUCCUGGGUCUGGAGGAGCUGCAGCGUCACUGGGAGCAGGAGGAAGAGGCAGUCAGGGAGGAAGAUGAACUGAACCGCAGCACUGACUCCGGAGAAGAGGGGGACUCAGUGCAGUAGAAGGAAAAGAGAUGAGGGGAAGCCACAGCAGACUUGAAAUGCACCCAAAUAUAUUUUACAGCAUUUUGUAGUAUCCCUAAUACUAUAAAUUGCCUUAAAUACACUUCAAUGGUAGAGUUUUCCACAGAAUAUUUAAACAAAUUCAUAGUUUGUGUUGCCUGUUCUUCAAAAACAAUCAUUACUGUAUUAGACUCAACCCUAUAAUUACAGUGCCUUUCUAUUUAAAUGUAAUCAGUAUGUGUGAAAUACUCAUUCAAAACAUUCCCACAGUUUAGGGAACACAGUGUGUUUGAGACCUCCCAAGUGAUAAUCUUGGUCUAGUAGGAUUGUCUCUACUCACUGCAACCAUCCAUCCAUCCAUCUGAAUGCAUGUGACUGUAAACUAUAAUCAAGCAUGGAUUUCCAGGGAUCAGUUAAGAAUGUUUGCCUGUUAUGUUAAAGUAAAUACUUGCAUGUCUUUCAGCAUUGAUGGGUCCCAUCACUAGGGUCAGACAGAAUCUGGGGAGGCAAAACCUCUAGAAUGAACUUAAUCUAACAGCUUCUACAUCUGCAUUGCCCGCUGUUUGGGGUUUUGGGCUGGGUUAUGUAUAGCACUUUGUGACAUCUGCUGAUGUAAAAAAGGGUGUAAUAACUACAUUUGAUUGAUUUAUUAUUCAUAGGGUAAACUACAGAUUUCAUCUGGCCUUAUAUACACAAAACGAAAGACCAGUCUCAGGUAACAUUCCUGUCCAUAGACAAAUGUGUUAAUAACAAUAUGUAUGUUUGACAAAUAAACUGUAUUACAUUGUAUCUGGACUGUAUUAAGUUACUGCAUCUGUUGGCAAGAGGAAGGUGAGUGUAGAUGCCUUCUGUUGCUUGAAAGAAAGAAUGCAUGAGAUAUUUUGUGUCCAGUUAGUGUGUGUUGCUGGAUGACUUCAGGUACUGGUUUGCCUAGUCUUUUUUUUUUUUUUACUUAAAAAAAAACAAAAAAACUUUUAUACAUUUAUUUUUGCUUUUUUUGUUAACAAACAGAAUUAAAUAAAAGUUGCUUUUUGAAAAUCAUGGAAUA